AUCGAUUUCUGUUCCAGCUCUAGCUACCACUGUCUGCGAAAUAUUUUAAACAAAAGUGCUUGUUAAUUAAGUAAUUUACCCAAUAUUAGUGGCUAAUUUGCUUGAACUUAGGAUGCCGUAGGGUUGUGCAAGUGUUUCUCUUGGUUUGUUGGCUUGUUUGGCAUAUUUUCGUGGCCCCUUGACUCGCUCGUGUAUUGCCAUCUCGCUCCCACCCCCGCAAUCGGCUUCGUGCGUUUUUUUUUGUGCAUUUUUUACACAAAACUCACACUUUUGUAUGGCCAAGAAUUUCUACUUUAUUUUUGCACUUGAAGAGAAGAGAAGAGGGGAAAAAACAAAGAAACCCAAAAUGAACGCGAUAGUGUGCAAGUGCUACUAGUUUUUUGGCGAGCGGUAUACUCUGCGAACUUUUACCAACAAAAAAAUGGAGAUGGAUAAUGCUAAGGCUCUAAAUAACCGCAACAACAACAACAACAAUAAAGGACGCCAGCAGCUGCAGGGACACGCCCACAGCACCGCCCCCGCCCCCGCCUCCAUCGAUAUAUUUAUAUUCGAUUUAUAGUAGUUGUAGUGUAGUCAUGCCAACAACAAAAACCCAAACACAAACAACAACAACUUGCACCGAAGAAGAAGAAGAAGCAGCAGCAGCAAUAAUACGAGAAAAUUGCGAUACGCCAAUGGCGACCCCAACAACAACAGCAACAUCCACAACAACAACAACUGCAGCGGCCACAGCAACAACAAAUGCGCACAGCGAAGAAGAUGCUGCAACAUCUAGUGUUACAAAAACAACAACAAUAACAACAGGAACAAUAUUAGCCGCUGCAGCGGGAUGCCACAAACCGUUAUUCUUCAGCCGCCGCUUUCAGGACAAACGGAACUUCAGUUCGCUGCCGCUUUUCGUCUACGCGACCUCACCAUCGACGCACGCCCACUCGGCGGACGGGGUAGGCGUGGCCAGGGAGGCAGCCGCUUUUAGCCAGAAGAAUGAAGGCUUCGAACCUGCAACGCAUGGCAUCAGCAAAACGGACGGAAGCUGCAUCAGCCACCACAGUCAGAGCAACGGGAACGGAAUCGGAGGCGUCAACGGGAGCGGAAGCGGAAACGUCGGCCACCACCUCGGUGGAGUCCUGCGCACCACUGACCUGGCCAGCGGGGCCAUGGAGUGCCUGCCGAUGAGCAGCGCCGCCCACCACCCACAUUUGAUGGCGGGUGCCACGGCGGUCGGAGCUGUUUCCUCCUCCUCGCCCACGGCCACCGUGGUGGUGGGGGCCACGUACCCGCACCACCUGCACCACCACCACCUGAGCCACCACACGCCCUACAGCAACAGCUACGGGAGCCAUCACAUCCACAGCGAGCAGACCAAGUCGCUGCAGGAGCUGCAGCACGAGGUGGGUGCUCUGUUGGAGUUCCGGGAUCUGGUCAUCGAAACGUUUCCGGACCUUAAGCACAAGAUGGCCUCCAUGUCCGCCACGCCCUCGACGCCCACAUCUUCGGUGGGUGCCAUCGGAGGCAGUCAUUCGGUGGGUGGCGGCAGCUCCUCGUUAGCCACCAGCAGGCGCGAAUGGGAGCCGGGUAUACGCAUGAAGCGGAAGUUGUCGCACAAGGAACCGUCCACGUCGUCAGCGUCGGCAGCUGCUCCUUCCUCCGGGGCGGAGGCGUCGUCCUCGUCGCUGACACGCAGCCGCAGCAACUCGCACAGCGGCAAGAAAGAGCCAAAGAGCGGAGAGAACAACAACGGCAGCGUUGUGCAAGACUCCGGCUUCUCAACGGAGACUAGUUCCUCCAAGGAGGGCCACAGUGCCUCCUCCACCAACGGUGCUAUGACGGUGGCCAUAGCUGCAAAUCGCCUGAGCUGUGCGGAAUCGGACGAUGAGCUGCUCAACCUGCUGGACGUCAUCCACCGCAAGUCCAAUCGCUUACGCGAAGAGGUGGAACAGUUGCAGAGCUACGAGCGCCAGCAGGGGAACUCCCAAACAGCAGAGGGAGAGGGCAAGGGUGUCAGCAAGGAUGCGAUGACGCCGCAGCAAUUCCGGGAGCAGGUGGAGCGACUGAAUCGCGAGGACAUUAAACAGCUGCGCAAGGAGCGUGAUCGUCUGCUGGACAAGCUGGCCGAAAUGGAGGCGGAAACGUUGACCGGAAGGAUUAAGGCGGCCAAGAUGAGCGACCAGGUGGAGGAGCUGGUUGGGGUGAAAAAGGAUCUCGAGGAGCAGUUGAAACUGGCGAUGGCCCAGAAGCUUGAGCUGAGCUCGCGGGUGCAACAGUUGCAGCAGCAACAGCAGCAAAGCAAGAGCUCUUCCAGCGCCAGCCAGUCGGAUUACUCCAGUCAACGCAACUUUCUAUCCUCAGCCACCACGGUGCUCUCCAAUGGCAGUCGUCCCAGCAGCAACAUCAUCAGCAACAACACAUUCCAGCCGGUCGUCCUCGAUCAGCCAGCGCAGGAAGCAUUCCAUCAAAGCUCAGGCAGUGAUAUAACAUUGAGGAAACAGCAACAGCAAUCCUUGGGACGUCUCGAUGGCAUCGUGAGCACGCCCGGAACGCGCAACUCCAAGUGCCGUUUGACCGACUCCAAGCGAUUCGCGGCCAUUCUCCUAGAGACGAAUGUUCUAGAGCUGCAGCGCCACUUGCUCACCCUCACCGUGCAGAACCAGGUGCUGGCCCAGAAGCUGGACUCGUCCAGCAAGUCCAAGACGCUGCUGGCCAAGCGGCUGGACAAGAGCAGCGAGGAGUUCGAGCAUCUGCGCUACCAGCUGGAGGAGAAGAGCAUCGAACUGGAGGGCACCAAGGCGCAGUUGCGACUGGUGGAGUCCCGCCUGCAGGCGAGCAACAGCACCACCAACUCGUAUCUGCACUCCUCGCAGCAUGACUACGAGACCAAUCGCUCCUCGGCUUCCACCACGCUGAUGCUGAGUCGUCGUGGAGUCUCCGACUCUGUGGACUCCGCCUCGACGGCCAUGCCCGCCCCGCCAGUCACGCAGAUCAGUACGCCCAGCAUGAAAGCAAUGGUGCCGCUGGCCAUGGACGAGCUGCAGCAGCACAGCAGCAGCACGGAGUCGGCGCACGAGCACGAGAAUCAAGCGCUCCGGACGCCGACCAGCACCAACUCCCCGCUGAGCAAGACGUUGAUUAAUGCGAGUCCGUGUCCCGUAGGCAGCAGUACGCCCAGUAACAUAGCCGCCCGUGUCAUGAGCAUCAGUGUGGGCGGGGUGAGUCCGUUUGAGUCCGGCAUAACUCCGCCGCCGCGACAGAAUGCGUUCCGCAAGUUCGGAAGUGCCAGCAAGCCCAGCAAGAUUCCACUGCCGGGCAGCAAGGCGGCGGCCUAUUUCUCCGGUAAACCACCAACGGGAAGACCCUCGACGGCGGGACGCUCUCCGCCAUCGGCGCACAAUUCUAGCAGCACCUCGUACGGCAGUAAAUCCUCGCUAAGCAGGAGUACUGGCAAUCUGCAGAGCUUGAGGAGAGCGGACACGUCCGCCUCCAACCAUUCGCUGAGUACGAACACGAGCCGCAGUUCGACCUCUUCCUCGAUACCGCUGGCCACCACACCUUACUCAUCCGGCUCGACUGGCAAUCGCAGCCAGCCGACAGCCGCAACGACUCCGUCCCCGCGUGUGCUCCAGAAUUCGCCGCUGCCCAAGCUGAAGCGGGAUACGAUCAGCUCGAGGGUGCGUCAUCUGGACUCCCUGUCACGUGCCCAGCAGUCGCCGGAGGGCGUAAGGGGCACCACCACCACCACCACCUCCAUUGCCGCCCAGCUGAGCUCGACGUUGCGCAAGGAUCUCCAGCUGAGUGGAAGUGGGACGGGGGCUCCCUAUCAUCAGAACCACCAGAACCACAGGCGCAGUGGCCACUCGCCGGCGUCCAAUUCUUCUGGAAGCGGCGUGUCCAGGCGGUACAGUAGUGCCUCGACAGGGGGUUCCGGUGGUCGAGCCAUCGGCCGGGAUCAGGGCGAGAACAUCACGCCCACAUCCAGCUAUGGCGGCGACAGUGACAGUGGCAAGAAUUUGGCCAACACCGUUGAAAAGCCAAAUUUCCGUCUCAAUAACCACAAUUGGCAACUAUGGCAAACGAACAGCAGCAGCCAGGGAAAGGUUCAAAUGGAACGAUAUCUGCCCCAUGAGCUGCACGAUGUGUCCGAGGAGACGGCCUACGAUUCGUACUACACUGAGUACACCACGCCCGAUUCCAUGGACUGUGGCAGUGUCAAUCUCCUGGUCACCUUCGACUAUGGCUACAGUGACUCCAUCGAGGCCAGAGCUGAUCCUGCUGCCCGGGAAGAUGAUCGGGGCGAAGGUGCUGAUCCUGAAGGUGAUGGGUAUGCGGAUGUGGAGGAUGCCAUUUGGUUCGGCACUCCGCCGAAGGAGAGGAAGGACGCCAAACUGUUUGAGGUGCAUCAUGUGCAGCACAAGCUGCUGGAUGAGAGCCUGCAGUCCCUGAUCUCCUACGACGUUGAUGAUUUCGAGGAGGAGGAGCUAUCGGAGCCAGAGGCAGAUGAAGAGAUCUUCUAUGAUAGCAUAGAGUGCGUUUAGGAUUCCAUAGGCAGGUGGCAGUGGUGUUUGUUUAACUUAACCAACUAUCAUAUCUAAACUAGUCCUUAUUUUCAAACCCUCUUUCACACAAGGUUUUGUAAUUUUCAAAAGAAAAAGGUUAAAUAUGUGUAUGUAGCUGUAGUAUAGUGUUAUGUGACGUGUAUAAUGUUGAUUUUAAUGUAUUCGGCUUAACUAUCCAAGGGCCCUGCAAUGGACGAUUGUAAUUGAAACGAAUUGUGACUGAAUUGGAUUGAUCGUAAUGUUUGUUUUCCCCCCGUUAACCAUUCAGGGCUUUAGUCUGUACGCUUGAUGGUUUCUUCGACUAUUUAUUAGUAACCCCUACUUUGUAUGUAUUAUUUAGAGUGUGCAUCUGUGUAAGAGUCUUAAGUUAGUUAUCCUGCACCAUUGCCUAUUUACUCAAAACUACAUUUAAUUUACUCGUACUAGCCGGCUAAGUAGCUUAGUUGUUAAUCAAAUUUAGUUAACACAUCGCAUCUAAUGUAUGUAUGUACAGUUUGAUAUACUACCUAAUUAUGUAUGUAUUCUAUUUAAGUCGGAUGGCAAAUGUAAUGGGGUCUAUCUAUCAUGUUAUCACGAAACUGCGUUUACUACAUUUAUAAAUCCAACAGACAUAGAAGUGAGGGAAACCAACAAUUAUGAUUCAUAUUAAAGCUAAUAAUAAUAUAUAUUCAAAAAAAAAGGCAGCAAAUUUAGACAUGUAUCCAUUUAAACAGCAAAUGUAAUUGAUAAACACAUAUAAAUGAAGAAAAAACAAAAAUAAAAAAUAUAAAAAAUA